UGCCAGUGACGUAGCCUUCCUUCCGGCUUCGUUAGUGUAAACCUUCCUACCGCACUCCACACAAUAAAGGUAACAUUUUAUUUUUUAUAGUAUAGACAGACGUCAGGGGAUACAAACAACGAACUAGCCAUCACAAUAAAUACAUAGUAGUUCUAAAAUUUCAGGUAAUAUGAUGUCAUAUUUCUCUGUAGGCAUACAUUUUUCCACUUCUCUCUUUUUUUAGAAGUCUUACCUUCCUGGCGUUCUUAUGGUUGCAAUAGGCCUUUUGCGUCUCUGGUGGUCUUAAGCGAUAUUUUGAUAUGGGGUCAGCGGUUGUAAAGCCGUUGUCAAAAAAACGUGGUACGACCAAAUCCAGUGACCCAGGUGAGAGCAGUAGGCUAGGGAACCAAAACGUUAACAUUGCAAAAGGGAAUCAAGAGGCGAAUGUUGGCAUCGGCGAAGGAACCAAGAGCAUACAGGUGGAUCCUAUUGCCGACCCUGUUACAAAUGUUUGCAAGUCAGUCAGCGAGAAACCGUAUCAAGAUGCAGGUAGUCAAAAGCCCGCGGUUUCCUCUCCGUCGGGCGAAAAAGUCGUGCCUUGUUAUGACAGCGACGAGGAACCGUACCCCAUUCAGAAGGCCAACUACAGCGGCUCCGGCACAAACGAAAGCGUCGAUCAGAAAGCACAAAACGCCGGAGAGAAAGACCGAGGGGAUAGUAAAGGAAAGGUGACGUUCGAACCUCAUUUGCCUUUGGCUGAAAGAAGCCACCCGCCUUUGACAUCCGACCAUCAAAGAUUCAGGCGUUUCUCUUCUCUGUUUCGCACAGGCAGCGGCGUGUCGUGCUUUAGAAAGUCGGGCCGUAGUCUUAAAAGUGUCGACACGGGUGAAGCGGAUCAAAAGGUUAAGACAGGAAGUACUGGUGCCUCCCCAGAACCAGAAGCUAUCAUAGAGGUAGAGUUACAGCCGGCAAAUAGUGACGAGAAAGAUGUUUGCUGCGACGCUCGCACUCCAUCACCACAGUAUGAUAAGCUUGAAGACCUGGACAUCAUCAAUCCGAGUCCGAAAUCAGUGGACAUUAAUCUUAAUCAGAAAUCAGUCGACAUUAAUCUUAGUCAGAAACCAGUGGACAUUAAUCUUAGUCAGAAAUCAGUGGACAUUAACCUUAGUCCAAAAUCAGUGGACCAUCCAGCUGAAGGGCAACAAGAGACUCAGUCAAUCGUCCCCUGCUCACAAGAAAUCCAAGAAGACUCAUCUGAAGACAUUGAUAUGUUAGUAAUUGGUAAAGAAAUGAAACUUUGUGGCUAUGAACAGGAUGAGCACCGUCCUCCGGAAAUAGACGAGACAACUGACACUCCAACUGAAAUUGAGGACCCAGCUUUUGAUGAUCGAAGUUUUGAGAUUGAGGCAUAUGAUGAGCUUGAAGAGAAUAAGGACUCUCUUGAAAUCAAAGAACACACUGAUCCAGUGCUGGACACUGAAACACACACGAACAGGUAUCGCAGCGCGCCGCUGUCUACGUCCUCCUCGAAAGAAAGCAACGGCGAACAGUCUUGUGACUCUAGCCCGCUCAAAUGCUUGAACAGGACACAGGAUUUCAAAGAUGUCCGCUACAGCAACCAAGCCUCUGCCUCUGGCAGUGAGUGUUGUGUCAAUCCCAGCGUACACUCCGUGAAUGCUUACGAGGACUUGGCAGAUUGCUGCGGCGGAUCAGGUGGUGUUGUUAUCAAAGAAAGCUCACCUGCUCCGUCUCCUUGCGAUACUGCUCAGCCUUUAAAUGAUAUUGUGCACACAGAGAUGCCCCCAGAAGACAGUGAAGUGCUUAAUUGCUCAGGGGUAUAUGAAGAGAAAGAGUUCUCUUUGCUGAAUGGCUCGGUUCCUGCCAACCCGACUCUCAAAAAUACUUGGUCUGAAGAGAUGCAAGAUUUUAGAAACAGACUGAAUGCCGCUCUGGAAGAAAAUUUUAUGAACGGCGUAAAUAGUGGCUACUCUCUAAAGACCUUGGAAAGAUUUUCUGAAUGCGACUUGCGAAAUAUGUCCCCGAUUAAGGAAGAAGCAAUAGGUUGCGAAUCGCUCUGUACAUGCGAACAGCCGCAAAGAGAAACGCCCCGAAGCAGUUCAGCCAAAUCUACACGCGCCAAUCAAGAUCUCAACGAAGAAGGCAAACCGCUGCAUUCUCAAAUUUUUUAUAGCAGCUCUAGAAAUUCUUUACAUUUAAGUGAUUCACGAUUGAAGCAAAGCACACCGCCACCUUGCCCGGUAACAACUUGUAAAUCCAAUGUCUCGACCGUCUCACAGCCAGAACUGCGAUGUAAUCCCAUUUCUUACAGCAGAUCCCCGACGGCGCUGCAGUUUGUCUCAUCAAAAGAAAAGUUAAAUCCAAGUGAUCAACGGAGCGAACCAGAAACACCAGUUCAUCAAAUUACAGAAACAGCAAGUAAUAUCUCAGUGACCGUUGGACAGAGCAGGUCGAUAAGAUCGCUGACAAAGCAGGACCUAAUGGCCACACAUAGUAAUUCAUCCAAGUCGCUCACAGCUCAUGACCCAGCGUCUGUAAAGUCAAAAAGUAGUUUCAUUAACAUAGAACAAAACACGGAGACGGAGCCGCUUCACCUACGCUCCAGACCAAAGUCAGAAAAACUUUACGCGCCGAUGAAUCUCCACUCCAAUGCCAGCAAGGUUCGACCUAUUUCCGCAAAUGUUUUGUACCCACUCGCCAGUCAUAUUCCCCAACAAACUGGAGCAAUGAAAUUACCCCCGAUAACCAGCAUGUGUUCCAUGACAGCGAGGCCCGUCUCCGCAAAGCAACCGACCUCAAAAUCUGAAGUAUUUUUGCCGGCUUCCCAACCAGAUAUAGGAAAAAAGUUUGCCCCACAAUCUCGACCCAGCUCAGGAAAGCAGUUUGCCCCACAAUCUCGACCCAGCUCUGGAAAGCAGUUUGCCCCACAAUCUCGACCUAGCUCUGGAAAGCAGUGUGCCCCAAAAUCUCAGCCAAGCUCUGGAAAACAGUCUACUUCGCAGUCAAGGCCUGUUUCAGGUUCGCCACGACAACACUCAGCCACAUACAUGCAGCGUCCAGGCUCGGACAGAUGUAGCCCCUCUCAGUGCAGUGAUGGCCCCACUUGCGAUAGAGCCGACCUGAAGGUGAGACUGAGUCCUAUUUGUGUGAGAUCAGAUCGUCACGGAUGUGGUGAACAGUGGACUAGCCAGCCAGUCUAUGAAGUUGAGGUCAACAAGUGCGAAUCUGCCACUGACCUCAGAGUCACCUCGCCUACAGUAGGAAGUCAUCAACCUGGCUUUAGGGAAAGUGGCGACGGUCCUCACAUCUCCGCACCGAGCCCAAAGAAAGCGUGUGAGGAUCCAUGCAGCAGUAGCGAGGCCCUGACUUGUAGCGCCCAGAGCGCGAGCACUACACGCGCCUCGUCAAGCAGACAUGCCCUGGCCACUUGCUCUGUGGAGCAGCUCACAGGUGGCCCUGACGCCAACAAGCCAUCCUGGAGCGACGGUCCUCCAAAGGAGCAGGCGGCAUCUCCUGUCAAAGAGGUGUAUCCGCAAGCAUUAACCCUCAGCGCGGACCAGAUUGGUAGCAUACGACAACAGCUUUACGAGGAGGGUCUCAAGCCUGCAGAACGUGAUGGAGGCGUCGCGUUCUUUAUCCCUAUGACAGUUGACGGCCUUCAGCCCCAGGCCAAUGGCGUGACAAUCUCUGACCGACUGACCAGAUCCAGGAGGUCGAGUCUGAGCUACGAAGAACGACUCAUCUUAGCCAACAUCAACCGCCAGGCUCAGCUGCACAAGAAAAAGGAGUUUGCUCUGAAGGACAUACAGAACGUACGAGGAGCAGCGAGCAAUGCCGAGAUCGACCGAAGCAAACACGAGGAGGAGAUAGAUGCUGACCUGGACUCUUCAUUGUAAACUUCCCCCCCCCCCCCCCUUUACCCUUUCGCAAGCUCAUUAUUAUCCCGUGGUUUUAUCACUUCUAACAUCCUUGACAUUUUCGUAGUGGAGUUUAAGCCUUCACUUUUUUUUUAAGCUUUAUUUGUGUGUGGAAAGGAACAAUUCUAGGUUGAAAAUGAGCACAUUUGGCAACGCUGGAGUGGCUGUAGGCCAUCAGAUGAUGUGUAUUUCAAGGAUUAUAGGUAAAGACUUACAUCGCUGAGACCCCCCACCCCCACAGCUGCAGCACGCAAGCAACCACAAACUUGUUCAUUGUCUCAUGACAUGCACUCUAUGUUCGCAUUAUUGUCACGAGUAAGGAUAGGCCGCUUUGGACGACAAGUGAGAUGUCUUUUUAGCUAGAUCUAGCAUCUUUCAAUCUAUGAUGAUCUAUGUGCCAACAUAAAGCGUAGAAUUGGUUAAAUCAGGAGAAAGCCGUAUGUCUGUUAGUUUGCAGAGAAGAAAAAUUGUUUUAUGCAAAACAUUUUGAAUAGAGGCCAACUAUUUCAUAUUUAAAUCCAUCUUUGAAUCUAGUAACAUCAAUACAGGUGUGUAUGAUUGUGAAUAUUUUCCUCUUUUGUUAUUUUUUUCUAUCCUUUGCUGCUGUAUAUGUUCACUAUUCAUAAUAUUAUUUAUAAAAUGAUAUACAUAAAAAAAAACAACUUUUACCUAGUUUAUAACUUGUAGUAAGUCAUUAAAGGAACUUUAUUAUAUUUUUUGCUGAAUAAGAUAUACAUAACUAUAACCAACUUAGAUUUGUGUUUUUUAAACUAGGUUUUUAUUACCUGUGAUCAUCAAUAUUGUUUUACGCUUAGUCAAAAUAUUUGGAGAUAUUGCACCCACAGUCUGAAAGUUGGGUACGUACAUUUAGUCUAAAUAUGAUUCUCAGGUGAAGCCUUGCAGCUAGGCAUUGUAACACGACCUAAUUUCUACCCUGCCAAUAGAGGGAGGCAAUAGUUUAUUUUUAGCUUUUGAAUCGCUUCCAGUCCAACAUUAAUUAUCUCUUUUUCUAUCCCUUGAAUGGAAAUCUUCAAACAUAAAAGAAUUACAAAUAGAAUAAAGAUUAGAACAAUGAUGAUAAGGUGUAGACAUAGAGGGAAGUAAUGGACAGAAUGUAGCAAUGUUGACGUUUGUUUGAGUUUUCUGCUAGGUUUUGAGUUGAAAGAGAAAAGCCCGCCUGCAUGAGGCCUUGUCAAGCAGAGCUAAAGAGAAACCACAUCAUUUAGAAUUUUGUGUAUAUUUCUAUGUUUUUUUUUCUAAAAUUAUACAAGCGAGUAAUAAAGAAAACCCACUUUGAUACAGACUUUUAAAAA